GCUCUACCAAACAUGAACGACUCCAAAAUUCAAGUUGGCUUGAAGAAGCUUCCGAUUCAUUUACAAAGCUCGCAGAAUCGAUUGCUCAUUAAAGGUGGCAAGAUCGUAAACGACGACAGAGCGUUUUAUGCGGAUGUCUACAUUGAAGAUGGUAUUAUCAAGCAGGUCGGCACGCAGCUGACUAUUCCCGGUGGAGUUCGAGUUAUCGAUGCUGUCGGUAAAAUGGUUCUCCCAGGCGGUGUCGACCCACAUACACACAUGCAGAUGAGCUUUAUGGGAUGUGUUAGCUCUGAUGACUUUUACACUGGCACUCGCGCGGCAAUCGCCGGGGGCACCACCACCAUCAUCGAUUUUGUGUGCCCCACAAAAGGCUCAUCACUGUUGAAGGCUUACGAUGAAUGCCGUGAGAUGGCCGAUGCCAAAGUAUGCUGCGACUAUGCGCUGCACGUGAUUAUCCCACAUUUGGAUGGAACUGUCACCAAAGAAAUGGCUACCCUGGUGAAGGAUAGGGGCGUCAAUUCGUUCAAAGUUUUCUUAUCCUACUCCGAUUUGAUGUUGGAAGAUGAUGAAGUUUACCGGGUUUUUCGUCUAUGCAAGGAGCUCGGUGCUUUGUCCAUGGUCCACGCUGAGAAUGGGAGGUUAAUCAGCAUACUGCAAGACGAAAUCUUCGCUUCCGGCAUUCGCGGUCCUGAGGGCCAUCUUUAUUCACACCCGGAAGCGACUGAAGUCGAGGCCACCAGCCGGGCUAUCACACUUGCCGAUGCUGCAGCCUGCCCUCUCUAUGUGGUUCACGUCAUGAGCGCUGCUGCUGCCCGAAUCAUCUCCGAUGCUCGUCACAAUGGUUGUGUAGUGAUUGGUGAAGCAGUGCCCUCAGCUCUGGCCACAGAUGGUCGGCACUAUCUCAACUCGUGUUGGCGUCACGCUGCUGGUCACAUAGUGAGCCCUCCACUGCACCCUGACCCAAAGAAUUCUUUGGAACUGAUGCGUUGUCUCGGACAUGGCGAACUGGAGGUCACUGGCAGCAAUCAUCGUGUCUUUCGGACGGAACAAAGAGCGCGGGGUAAAGAUGAUUUUCGAAAAAUACCCAAUGGAGCUAACGGUGUUGAAGAGCGCAUGUCGGUGAUUUGGGAAAAAGGAGUGGUCAUCCCGCUCCCGCUGGGCCCCACUUCGUGCCCUGUCCCCCCCGUGGGAAGCUGCUCGCCGCCUACCAACUCCCCCCACCCAUCCCCACACCCACUGAGAAAGCCCAGCCCCCCACCCUCAAAACAUCGGCCGCCCAAGAGAAAACACACUCUCCCCCCACACCCCCCGUCGUCCCCCCCCCCGCAUCGUGUCCUCCACCCCCUCCCCGCCUGCACCUCCGCGCGCCCUGCCCGUGCCCCCUCCCCCCCUCCACAUCCCUCCCCCGUCCGUUUCCGCCCCCCCGCGCUGCUCGUUCCUCCCCCCAGUGUCCCCCUGCCGCGACGUCACCCACGCCCGUCUACCCACCCCCGAUGCCCCAGCUCGUCCCCUCCCUACCCUUUCCUGGCCCCAUACCCCACCCCCCUCCUCCAAAACCCUGCCUCAGCCUCGCCUCCCACACGGGGACCCCUGUCCGACCGUGUGUCAACCAACAUACCCAAGUACACACCUCCCGCCGGCCCCUCGCUCCCCCCUGUUUUCGGGCAACUCACCCCCGCCGCGGCCACCCUUCCGCCGCUCAUUUUCCCCGUCCACCCCCCUGGUCCCCGGGUGCGGGGGCCGGGAGGCCCAUCCACAACCCGACGACGUCCAUAG